AUGAGCGCCACAACACGUACGGGAUUGGUGCCCACGCCCAAGAGGCAUGUAAAGUAUCUGAAAAAGCGCAAAAACCUGCAUGGCGAUGUCCUGCGAAUGCCGCUCAGAUUCGAGGCCACGCCUAUGCCGCUUUCACUACGCCCCUUCGGUGGACUCUUCAAUCCCUUUGCCAAAGGCUGCUCCGUGCUGUGCAAUCAUCCGGCUCCAUCGGGUGUCAAGGAUGUGAUCAAUCAGCUGAAAACAUCGCUGGCCAUUGAGGGAAAGAAUCCGCAGCAUGGAAAGCAGGAAAAGCCGGCUACGGAGGAAGACCAACUGCAGCCACAUGAGACGGAUAAUAUACCGGAGGAUUUGUUCCGGCGCUAUGCAGAAACGGACUCGCGUCCAAUGACGCCAACGCCCACGGUGACCAGCAUCCAUACCAGGACCAGUGCUGGCUCCUUCUAUCGCCGCUGCAUAACGCCCGAAUGGGGCAAGCACGAAAAUAUCAAGAGAAAGAAGAUCAUACUGGAUCUGAGGAGAUCCCACUCCCAGGAGACGCUGUACUGGAAGCCCAGCUCGGAGUUGACCCAGAGCGGUUUGGAGGAGGACAAGAAGCCCAAGAGUGCCGGCGCCAAUGAGGACAAGAAGCCCAAAAGACAGACAUCCAACGAACAGAGACCCAAAUCAUCUCUGGCCACAGCUACUCUUGGGGCAGGAGCUGAAGAUGCUGGGGAUCUGGAGGCCAAGCCGAAGACCUGCAUCAAUGAGCACGAGUUAAGCGAUGAGGAUGUCCGCAGGGGAAAGAAGCGCAAGAAAUUGAAGCCAGCUCAGGCUACCACUACUUUCCAUCUAAGUGAAGAUCCGGAGACCCAGGUGGCUGCUCUGGGCCCAGACUCCCUCAAUCCUAGCACCCGGCCCAGUCUGAUUCCCAACUCGCUGACCUUGCUGCCCAAGGAUAAGCGGGAAAGUGAAAGGGAACCGAUUCUUCUGAAGGGCAGUUUCCUCACUGAUGAUGCCUUUCAGGCCCUAAAAACAGACCUGGAUGUGGAUCUCAUAGAGAAUACUUUUGGGAGAUAUCUAAAUCGUGCUUUGAGAGAAGCUAUCAAGUAUAUGCCACCGAAACCCAAGACCCUGCCAAAGGCUCCUGAAGAAAAGGUUCCACCAGAGACCACCUCAAAAAUGCCGCGCAAGUUCUCCAAGUCAGCCACCAGAUUUGAUGUUCCCAUGGAUAUGUCCAUGCUAAAAACUAUGACCCCCUGGGACUACCUGAGCAAGUACGUCUGGGUUUCCCAGCAGCGAAAGCAGCUCUAUAAGCGAGUUUUUCUGAAGUAUCUAAGCCGCAUCGAAGAACCCGAAAGUGAGCUGGCUGUCAUGGGCAACGAGGAGCUGCCGGAAUAUAAAUACAAGGAACGUACCCUGGUCUGGCAGAGUCUGCCGCAGGCUCUGGAAGAUGUCCUCGAGUUUCAUGGCACCGAGAAGAAUGUUCGCGGUACCCUUAACAUGUUGGACUACGACGCCCAUAAAUCGGGGGAUAUAGACUUUAGAGCCUGGUGUGGAAUCGUUUCGUUUGCCGAAAGACUGGCUUUGGCUGAUGAGUCCGGAUCGGAUGAUUCUUGCGAUGAACUGGAAAAGGCGGACUUUAAUAGCAUGGAGCAGAUAAUGCCGGAUUAUGAGGUGCCUGAGAAUAUCAAGGACAUUUUUGAUAUUAUACGCAAAACGCAUAGAAUGAAAUAUUAA